AUGUAACAAGUCUAAUAUUUUGUUAUCCUUUUUCUAUUGGUACUAGUUGCUUGUCAAAAAAUUAACUAAAAUCAUGUCAAUCGAUUUUAAAUUUAAAAUUGUACCUAUUAUCAAGAAGUCAUCUCUUAUAUACCAGAAUAAUGUUAAAUUGUCGAUAUGUCAUAAACUAAUUUUGUUUGCAAAAACAAUCUAUUCAUUUUGAAUAUUUAACAACUCUACUUAAACAAUUCCAAUAUUACAGAUUGUGAUAUCACAAAAAUUUAUGCUUAAUACAUUUAAUUAGAAAAUGUGACCUUACAAAAUAAAAAUACUAGUCAAUAUUAGUUUUCAUCUGAAGAGACAAUUUUAAUAGUAGGAGAUUUGAGAAAAUUAAUGAAUCAUAGUGAAAUAUUAAUCUAAUCAGAAAACAAAAUAAAGAUAAAAGAUGGUUAUAUAAAUAUUGAUUAAAUAGAAAUAGUUUCUCGCUAAGGUUAUGUUGAAAUAGAGAAUAGUAAGUUGAUUAGUUUAAAUCCAAAAUGUAUUAUGAAUCAUGAUUUAUAAGUGGCUUAUAAUUUAAAGAUAGUUUCAAUAAGUAAUGUAACAAUAGAUAAAUAAUCACAUAUAAUUGCAUCUAGUAUAAUAAUAUAUUCUAAUAAUACAAUAAUAGAAGGAAUAAUAGAAUCUCCUUUUGAUUGUUAUACAAAUUAAGGAGUGGGAAAGGCUCCAAUAUUUACGAUAGAAGGAUUAAAUUGUUUAAGUGGAGGUGGAUCAUCAGCAGGAUAAGGAGGAGGAGGGAGUAGAAGUAAAUAAUGUGAAGCUUUAGAAAAGACUUCAAAAUAAUUCAUAAAAUCUAGACCUUAUAAUAAUGGUAAUUAUUUAAGAAGUGGAAGUGGAGGUGCAGGAACAAUAUCAAUUGGUAGUGGUGGUGGUAUAAUAUAACUUUAAUCCUUAUAUUUAAUAUUAAUAAAAGGUGAUUUACUUUGUAAUGGAGUGGAUGGAGAUAUGAUUGAUAUUUAAACAUAAUAUGGUGGUGGAGGUGGAGGAGCAAUUCAUAUAGUAUCUAAAUAUAUUGAUGGUAAUGGAAAUAUUUAAGCAAAAGGAGGCAAUUCAGAUAUAUCUAAUGAAGUAGGGGAAGGAGGAGGUGGAAUAGUUCUUAUUUAAGGAGAAGUAUUAUCAACUUCAGAACUUAAAAUUGAUGUUAGAACUGGAUUUAGAAAAUAAUAAUAAGGAUCAAAUGGUACAAUACAAUUUCUUCCUUGUUAAGAUGGAUCUCAUCUAAUCAAUUUAUAAUGUAUUCAAUGUCCUACUAAUUCAAUAUCAUUUGCUAAAAGAGGACAUUGCUUCAAAUGUCCAGGAGUUUUAUUUGGACCAUCUUUUGAUUAAUGGCCUUCUUGUAAUGAUAAAGUUUGCAUUGAAUUUUAUUGUGAUCCUAUUACAUUUAUCUCAAACAUCACUUCUAGUCUACUUAAUCUAUUUUUAUAUCUUACAUUAUUUUUACUUGUAUCUUUUGGAUAUAUUAUUAGAAGAAUGUAUAGAAUGAAAGAAAUCAAAUAUGAAAAAUUACCUUUCGAUUUUGAAUCUGCUACUAGAUAUAUGACCAUUGAUCAUCUAUUAACUGAUGAAUUAAUGAAAAAUCCUAACUUUUAAUUAAUCGAUCUUAUGUAUCAUGUUCAUAGAAUCACUCUAUUAGGAAACAAUUCAUUACAUAAUCCUUGGAAAUUACCAUCACAUCCUGAAUCUGGAAUUGAAUAUCUUAUGGAUCUAGAAGAAUAUAAAAGAUUUGCUAAUAAAAUCAAUAAAUUUGCAGAAUGGAAAAAAUAAGAAAAAAUUUUAUUAAUCUUUGCUUCCUUCCUUUAUUAUCCAUUAUAUUGGAUGAUUCUAACAUAUUUAAAAAAAAAAAAAUAUUUGAGAAUCAUAGAAUACUUUAAUUAAUCUAAUAUGAUUAAACUUAUGGAUGAUCAAUUUAUUAAAAUGAAAAUAUCUAAAUCUGCAGAUUAUACUCUACUCUAUUUUGAUAUCUUUAAUUAUAAAAUAAGUGACUUAAAAUAUUUCUUCUUAGCUUGUCCAUAUUAUAUACUUGUUUCAGGAGAAGGUAACUUUCUUAAACCCUUUUAUUUAUGUGAAAGUAAUCCCUUUCUCUCCUGUCUCUAUUUUUCUAUCAAUAGAAAUAAAGAAAUUCAUGAAGAUCGAAAUAAAAUUCUAGAUAAUCUUGUUGCACACAAAAAAAGAAUGGAAAAUAGCUAAAAACUAAAUAAUUUCAUUAUUAAAUUUAAUAGAUAUGCUAGAGCUAUUGAUGUAGAUAGUAAUCAUUUUGCACAUAAUGUAUAAUAAUUAAUUAUUUAUUGCAAUCGCUAAAAUGCUAAAUUCUUUUCAGAUUUCCAAAUUACAAUUAAUGUCAUUAUUAUUAUUGAUGAUGAAUUUACUAUCUUAGAAAAUUAUGAAUCCUAAGAAUUUAUAGCUUUCAUAGAAGGAGCUAAAAAUAAACAUAUGAGACUUGGAUUAUUUAUCUAUGAUUCAGAAGCAAAUCCUGAAGAAAUUGAAGAUGUAUUAGAUAAUCAAAGAAUCUCUUUAGAAUAAUCUAAUUAAUUUUAAAUUCUAGAUGAAGACAAAGAAAGUUUUGACAAUCUUACUAAUCUUGAAGAUCUUAAACAUCAAUAUAUUUAAAGAAUUCAAGAUUCAGUUUAAUCAUUCCAAGUUAUGGAAUAAGAGUAAUAAAAAAAAGAAAAAAGUAUGAAAUCUAAAUUGUAAAUUUUUGGCAAAAUUCGAUAUUUAUUCUUAUCUCAUCAAGUUCCAACUGUUGGUCAAAAUACCAAAAUAUAUACUCAAUUAUUAUUAUCCAUUUUAGAUGCAGUAAAAAAUUUAAUUUAUUUUAGUUAUUUUUGCCUCUGUUAAUUUAAUAAGGACUUUAAACAACAGAUUUUUUAUUAGAAUAAAUUCUAUUUUUAAGUUUUCCCUAUCCAUUUAGUAUUUUAGCAAGUCCAAUUUUGGGUUGUGUUUGGAUGACAACUUAAUCAUAUGGAAUUGCAAAAGUUCAUUCAAUUUUCAAUACUUUAUCUAUUUUUAAUCUUUUUUUUUAUAUUAUCCUAAUGAUAUCUAAGACAAUCAUACUAGCAUUUAUUAUUUUAUUAAGUAAUUUAAUAAUAAAGAUUCUGUUGA